GUUCAUUCGUCCAUCUCCUGGGUCGAAUGAACCCAAAGAACCCUCAAACACCAACUCGCAUCGUUUGGUUCAUGUGUUGCUUCCAAACGACCACUUUCUCGCAUUUUUGCACAUACACCGUCAACCCUCCAAUAUCAAGCUCCAAUCUGGAGACUCUGACAAACAUCAGUAUUCUCCCUUGAAUUCAAACACCUCCAAGUAGUGGGCCAUGACAUCAACUACGCCGCCCGACGUCGCCGCAAGAGUUGAAGCGUAUAUUCCCCGCUUCAAACUUACUCGGCUCCUGAACCAAGAUCAAGCAGGCCGCCGUAUCUCUCUUCUCGGCACGGUAGACGGCCAGGAUGCCCUUCUGAUCGCCGAACGCGCCGCCUUCGCUACUGACCACGCCCACCUCUCCGUCUUCCCCACCACCCUUACCAACAUAAAAAAUCUCGGCGCAAAUGAUAUCUACGCAUGGUUCCUCGCCAAUUCCGCGCCCCCUCCAACCAAUCCCGACCCCACCAUCCCCAUCCCUCCAGACUACAAACUCAACCUCAUCUACCCCUGCACCCCCAAACACAUCAAGAAAUACUCCGCCCAACCCCUUCGCAUCGUCACCGAAACACCCGCCAUCUACACCUCCUACAUCCGCCCCUGGAUCAACCGCCAGCGCGAGAAAGGCACGCUGAACUGGGUGUUCAACAUCAUCGAGGGGCGCACGGAGCAGGAAGACGUCAUCUAUCGGGAGACUGGAGAGAAAGAUGGGUUUCUGCUGCUGCCGGACUUAAACUGGGAUCGAAAGACGGUGGGGGGUCUGCAUUUGCUGGGGCUGGUGGAGCGGCGGGAUAUCUGGAGCGUGAGGGACUUGAAGAAGGGGGAUGUCGCGUGGCUACGAUACGUAAGGGAGAAACUACUGGAUGCGACGGUGGGACUGUAUGACGGGGUGGAGAGGGAUCAGGUCAAGCUUUAUGUGCACUACCAACCGACAUACCACCACUUCCACAUCCACAUCGUGCACGUGCAGCUCGAGGCGGGGGCUACCCAGUCGGUCGGCAAGGCGCUGGGACUCGACAACAUUAUUUCGACGCUGGAGAAUCUGGCUGGGGAUGAGGACGCGGGGAUGCAGGAUGUUAGUCUGACGUAUCAUCUCGGCGAGGCGAGCGAGCUGUGGGAGAAGGUGUUUGGACCGCUGAAGGAGGGGCGGGUGCCGGAUGUUGGUGCGUUCUGAGGCAUGGGCUGAGGAGUUGAUAAGGGUGAACAUGGCAAAAAUGUGGCACUGGACGAGGCACAUAUCGGUCAGACUGUCGUCAUUGAGUCUCCGAACGAGACGAUACCGGUAUGGGUUUUGUCGUGAUCUAUAUAUAUACGCUAUAUGCAUGCGUUAUGUCCUCCCCAAGGUCGUAUCCGAAAGCUGAAGAACGCGAUUUUCAUCAUCACAUUUCCCCGAAAGAAGAGACAAUCUCUCAAUCAAGCACCCUACGCCUUGUUCUUCAAAGCCUCGACGAACUCCUUCGGUGGCGCCUGCCCAUAUCCCUCAGGAUUGUUCUCCGUCCACUUCCAC